AUGGGGAGAAUAUACAACCGCAAAUGCGAUUAUACCCACUAUGCAGCAGACUAUGAUGCAGAAGAGAAGAAAAAGACCUAUUUUUUGGUAGACUGGGGUGUCUCGCUUCGAAAUCGGAAUGAAGGGCAGGACGACAUCGACCUCAAAACAUAUGAAGUCAAAUACAAAGAUGGGGAAUGUUCCUUCAAAGCAAUAAAUAGCCCGGCGAAUCCUUCCAUCAGCCGGCGUCCGUGGGGAGGCGGCGAGCUUGAAUGGAGCUACAGGGCGAAGAUGGCCCGUCGUGAUCUCCUUCGGAGUAACGGACGCGUUGAGGUUGCUAAGGAGGACAUGUUGUACCAUUACUGA